UUCUUGUUCAGAGCGAACUCUCAGGACAGACUGCUGCAUCAAUGGAUGCUGCACCAUUUUUUGGUCACUUCACUGGCUCACACUUCAGCGUCGGUCGCGCGCGCGGGCAACACGUCGGAUCACACGGACAGAAAGACACAUACAAAACUCGCACAUCGGACACACCGCCGGCGCAGGAGCGGGUCAUUUCUGCUCUACUUCUAGACGGCGAUUUCGCAGCCAGUCAUCAGCACAGUAGCUGUCUAUGGUGGUAGCGCGAUGCUGGCUGUUAAAGACGAUGUUACUAGGGCUGCAACUGGCUAGACCUCCAGCUUGAACUGUUCAUGCUGAUCGUCGGUGUCGGACGUUUUUGUCGCUGUGUUGUUUCGCACUGAUCCCUGGUGACUCUGCUCUAACGGUACGAUCGCUGCUGACGAUAUUUCUUUGAGGGGCCGAGUGAGGUGUGGCCUCAACCAUGCUGCGCUGUUCCGUCGUCGCCUGUUUUCCCAAUUUCUGUCUCCUCGUAUGUCAGCGAAAGUGAUCGAAGACUUACGCAGCCGGCCAGAGUCAGGUAGACGACGCAUCGUAUCAAUCGAUCGAUCGAUCGAUCGGUCGGUGUUUCGGCUCCCUGUGGCAUACUGUUUGUCUGUGUCUGAGUUUCGAACUAAUAAUAGAAGGACAAAAUCGAACAGGGCGUUAUCUGCCAUCAUGCGCUAGCACAACUGGAUCUCGCUGUGCAUUACUUUGGAGCAUGUACUUUACUGAGUUGGCUUACUCUAAUGUAAACUUUGCAUAGUCCUAGAUAGUUCUUCAUGCUGAUUCGGAUUUGUGUGACAUAUUCGCAAAGCGUGAAUCUUCAAACAGUGCUCCGCGCGCAUUAAACAAGAAAACAUAGCGUAGCAAAGAAAAUUUGCGUUUCCCAGGGAAUGUCUUCUAGUAGUGUCUAGGAUUAUGUUACUUUCACAAAUUAUGCUCAGUUUUCAAGCCGUCUGGUACUUCACGGUACUGGUGGUGUGUAGCUUGAUAUACACUGUAGUUGGUAGAAGCCAAAUGAGCUGCGGAUCUCGACUGGGAGCUCGUGCCUUUGUGCAUCCUCCGUGCGACCUUUCGAGACGAAGCUUUUGUGUCGAACCCGGUGAUAGCUAUCCAUGGAAAGCCGUUCGACGCUACAUUUACGAGAAUCAAGGUCUUAUGCGACGAAUGUACGGAGACCAAAGGCAAGGGGAGCUACUCACGCAAGAAGUUGUACAAGAACGGAAAAGAUUUGACAGCUCUGCGCGCAGCGGUCGCCUACUGCAAAUUUUGAACGAGCACGAUAUUCAAGAUCUUCAAAAUAUUGACGAAUUACGUGCGUUAGUUCAGAGAGCUGGACAUUUCGGUGAACAUGAAAACCUCAUGAACGGUCAACAAGCAACAAUAGAGCCUCGACGGAGCGUCCGUUUUAAUAGCAGAUAUUCAUCUUUCGACGAUCCACUCUCUGUUCCCGUAACAGAAGAUGGUGCUGAUAGUGAACUUUUGCCAUCAUCUCCAACGCCUCCAGACCAAAACACGCAGCGUCAUUCGUUGCAGUCACAGCCAGAUCCUCCGCAAGAAAACGUUUCUUCUAAGAGCCGCGGUAACUACAACGCGCAGGAAACAUCUAAUGCUGAUUUCGGAAUGGCCGUCGAGGAGGCUGAAUUAAAUAAUGAUCAUGUCGAGAAGGGUGUAACGAUCCCCCAAGUAGAAACAACCUCAAUGAUAGCUGAGACAAUGCAGACUGGUCCUAAUCCGACAACGCAAAGAGCCCCAAUUGGCCUCAGUAACAUUGCAGUUGCAGCUAAUCUAGAGGUGUCGUCUGAAGGAAGCGUAAGCGUGAUGGCAUCAGGAAGACCUCCAGGAACGAACCAGAAGCCCGGAAGUAUGUACAUUUUAGGUUUGCUUGAAAUAAAUGAGCCAUCAGUUACAACAAAGCCUUUAGAGGGCGCAACGGUAUGGACAACCAUUCCAAUGAAGAGUUCAACGACAGAAUUACCAGAGGUACUUGCAAUGUAUACACCACAUACCGAUGACGAGCGGCAACCUGACGAUGAGUUGCCGUUCUCUUCCAUCGACGUCCCACUUGACGCUAAACGGCUUGGGGAGUCGAAUAAGAUCAGCGAAGACGAUUCAGCAACGUUAAGAACGUCCCCUACAGCUGAUAUAACAACGCCAACGUCUAUCACACCUACAAAGGUUACAAAUGAUUCUUCCUGGAGCAGUAUUAAUGAACAAAAUGCAACUAAGAGCUCGAUCGAGCCUCUAAAAGCAAGCGUUUCCAGCAACACUGUACCAUCGCGCAGGAGACCUCCGCCAAUUCUCGAUGUACCAAGACCUAUGCCCACAGAAGAAGAUCAAUCGACAGCGGAUCAAAUUAAGGGCAUUGCUGCGUGUCCAACGAAUGAAGAAGUUGUAUCCCCAUAUUGGGCCAACAACACUCGUGGCGAGGUUCUGGCACUUCUUAAUGUACACCCUUUCGAACAAUACAUCCAUUCGGAAACCUGCGCAUUCAACAAGGAGCAGAUGCUAUGUCGCCGGGGGUGCCGAUGUGAGCAACAAUUCCGACUGCAUCGGUUGCUGGCGUUCGAUCCACAUGAUGACUGCCGCGGAGUAUUUUCCGACUGGUUCCGAUUCCCUGCAGGAUGUGUUUGCGUCUGUUAUGAUCUUUUUGGCCUUUCUGCCCUUUUUAAACUAUAACUUGCCGUACCGUGACUUUUAAUAUAUUUUGAUAGAAAUUUUUAUUUUUUGCAGAAAAACGACACAGUUUUAUAUGGGAGGACAUUAGCUAAUGCUUAGAUAAUAUGCAGGACAUACGAAACGAAUCCUUGCGAAUAAGAGAUCGGCUUACAAAUACAAUCCCGAAAGUUAUUUAGAUCGUUUGUAUGUUAAAUUAAGAAGUGCGGUCGUUUCAUGAGCUUUUUAAAGGUCUUGAUUUGUUUAACUGAGUCAAUUUAGGUUCGUGCAAAACAAUGUAAUUCUCUUCUUGAGAAGCCAAUAAAGACGAAAUAAAGUACGUUCCGAAAUUCUAAUAAUUGCCGUUUAUGUUCGGAACCAGAGGCGACCAUCAACGCUAUGUAUGUCCAGGUAAUAUGUAUGUCAUUGCAGGUAAUAACAAAUAGUAAAUGUGAAGAUGCAGUGGGACGUACCAACUGAUAGAGGAAAAACAGAAUUUAAAGGUGAUCCCAAAAGUAGCUUGUUGACGAAACCAAUGCGUUUUGGCAAAAAUAAAGUACAAUACGCUAAUAAUACUUCAUGCUUUAAUAAUGUCAACGAUCCUGUCCUUCCUAACCUACCCAUGAUAAUUCCACCAAUCUAAAGUUUACAGUUGUUUAUACAAUUAUUAACUUUAAAAUAUUUUUGAAAAUUUUUGAUAUUUUACCAUUUAUGUGCUAAAAUAUAGGACAAAACCAAAAGUGGGCAGCUACAGUUGAAGCGAAGAUGGAAGUAGGUAUGUAUAUUAAUAUAGAUAUGUAUAUUAAAAAUAUAUAUACACGUGUGUAUAAAAAAUAUACACGAGAGAUGUGAUCAAAUAAACAAAACACGUAUAUUCAAAAGAGAUAUUUUUACUUAAAUCUAGUUCUUAAAUCUGUCUCUUAUUUUGUGAUAUCCAUGUCACUUCACAAAUUACAUAGUCACUAUAUAAGUGCCUUAAAUAAUCGCCUGCACUAUCUACACAAUAUUUUCGUAACGUUUAGGUAUAGAUUUAUAUAUAGUUGCUUGUUGCCGUUGGUCAUUUCACACGCAUUCACGGUAUACCCGGUUUCAUUUUGUCAAUAAGCAUAGGGGUGCUGUGUAUAGAAGAUAUCUCCGUCAGCGUGCUGUAACCCUAAAAAAAAUAAGUGGCUACUAACGGAUUAGAUUAGAACCAGAACAAACACAAAAUAACGCACAUUUCAUGAUCUGGCCAGU